AUGGACAGUCCUACAAGAAUGUUCUUGUUCAUGCUCGCGUGCAUGGCAAUCCUGUUCAACUACAACGCAGCGACAAAGGUUGGCUUGAACUACGGUCUCCUCGGAGACAACCUCCCAGCUCCACCCGAAGUUAUCAACCUCUACAAGUCCUUAAACAUUGCCAAUAUUCGGAUUUUCGACACGAACACAGAUGUCCUUAAUGCCUUCCGCGGAAACCGCGAUAUUGGAGUCAUUGUAGGCGUUAAGAACCAAGACUUAGCGGCUCUUGCGACCAGCGAAGACGCAGUUAACACUUGGUUCGUGACUAACAUUGAGCCUUACUUAGCUGAUGUCAACAUAACAUUCAUUACUGUUGGGAACGAAAUCAUCCCGGGAGAAAUCGGUUUUCACGUGCUAGCCGUCAUGAAAUCUCUCACCAACCUCGUCAAGUCGAGGAGUCUCCCAAUCUUGAUCAGCACCACGGUUGCUAUGAUCAACCUUGGCCAGUCCUAUCCACCUUCCGCCGGAGAUUUCACACCCGAAGCACGUGCACAACUCGUUCCCGUGUUGAAAUUCUUGUCUCAGACAAAUACGCCUAUUCUCGUAAACAUAUACCCUUACUUCGCCUACACGGCUGAUCCUGUCAACAUUCGUCUUGAUUAUGCCACCUUGGACACCGACGCGGUCGUGGUCCAAGACGGGCCAUUGAGUUAUUCAAACAUGUUCGAUGUGAUAUUUGACGCGUUUGUGUGGGCAAUGGAGAAAGAGGGAUUAAAAGAUUUACCCAUGGUGGUGGGAGAAACAGGAUGGCCUUCCGCGGGUAACGGGAACUUAACAACGCCGAAGAUCGCGUCAAUAUACAAUGGAAAUUUUGUCAAACAUGUGGAAAGCGGUAAAGGGACACCGAAGAGGCCAAACAAUAGCAUCCAUGGGUUUUUGUUUGCAACGUUCAAUGAGAAUCAGAAGCCAGCCGGGACAGAACAGAACUUUGGGUUGUACUAUCCUACUGAUAUGAAACCUGUCUACAAGUUGUUUUGA